AUGGUCAUCCGCGUGUUCCUCGCCUCCUCCUCGGGCUUCGUGGCGAUAAAGAAGAAACAGCAGGAUGUGGUUAGAUUUCUGGAAGCCAACAAGAUAGACUUUGAGGAGGUGGACAUCACAAUGUCAGAAGAGCAGAGACAAUGGAUGUAUAAGAACAUCCCCCCGGAGAAGAAGCCUGCUCAGGGCAACCCUCUGCCGCCUCAGAUAUUUAAUGGCGACCAAUACUGUGGAGAUUAUGACAGUUUUUUUGAAUCCAAGGAGAGCAACACAGUCUUUUCAUUCUUAGGCCUGAAAUCACAGUUGGCGUCAAAGGCAGAACCUUAG